CAGCAGGUGCUGUCCCGCAAAAAUUUGGACUGGGGAUUUCCGUCAGCCAAAAAUUGUUUCUGAUCCGAAUGCAUUAUAUCUAAAUACAUUACUGCUAGAACACUCUUCCCCCACUCAUUGACACUCGUACGCUCCAGCACAAGGCAGCCAUGGCUCCCGAGAACAGGAAUCACUUCCUCGACGCCGAUGAGAGCGAGGACGACGCCAGCCAGGGCUACAAUUCCGAGAACGAGCUGCAAAAGGGCGGACGCAGCGCCAAGAGACGGAAGAUUGACGAGGACCGCGGGAGCGACGAUGACUCUGCCAGCGAAGCCGAAGACGAGAUUCCCGACAACGAAGCCGCGCCACCUGCAGAACAAGCCGGCAACGACGAAGAUGCACCGGGCGAAAGCAGCGGUGCAGGGCCAGUGAAGAAGGCGGAGGAGGAGGACAAGCCGAAGGUGUCCAAGGCGGCCAAGCUGCCGGCCCUCUCCAAGCCGCUAGGCAAGAAGAACCUCGUGGUGACCGACGCGGCGGUCAAGAAGUCGGGCGUGGUCUACCUCUCGCGGAUCCCGCCCUUCCUCAAGCCGGCCAAGCUGCGGUCCCUGCUCGAGCCGUACGGCAAGGUCAACCGGACGUUCCUGUCGCCCGAGGGCGCGGCGGCGCACGCGCGGCGGGUGCGCGCCGGCGGCAACCGCAAGCGCCUGCACACUGACGGCUGGGUCGAGUUCGUGGACAAGCGCGACGCGCGGCAGGCGUGCGCGCUGCUCAACGCGCGGCCCAUCGGCGGCAAGAAGGGCAGCUUCUACCGCGACGACGUCUGGAGCCUGCGCUACCUCAGGGGCUUCAAGUGGGACGACCUGACCCAGCAGAUCGCCGCCGAGAACGCCGAGCGCGACAGCCGCAUGCGCGCCGAGAUCGGCAAGACGGCCAAGGAGAACAGGGAGUUUGUCCGCAACGUGGGCCGCGCGAAGAUGCUCGACGGCAUCCAGUCCAAGGCCGAGGCGAAGAAGAAGAGGCCGAGGGCCGAGGACGGGGAUGGCGAUGGUGGUGGCGGUGGUGGAGGUGGAAAAGACGAUGCGGGGGAGAAGAGGGACGUCGCCGGUGCUGCGAGUGGUGUUGCGGAUGCGGCCUCGAAAGGGCGGGAUAGGAAGAGGUCCUUUAAACAGAUACCCCUGGCAAAGAAAAGGGAUGGAGAGCAGCCAGAGCAUGUCACGAGAGUUCUGAGCAAGAUCUUUUGAGCAGGGGAGACGAUUACAUUGGCAUCUUUCUAUUCUCGGUUGUUUCUCUUGAUACUCGAUUAGCGUGCGAAAACUGGUGCUUUACAGGCAGCUUAAGGAUUCAAUGAGGCUCGAUAAAUCACUAUCUAACUGCUUUGAGGCACAUUCUUUCGGCCCAUGUUUGGGAUCAACUCCCUUGACCGGUUCUCCCUCUUCCAUCACAGUUCGACAUGCUCGUUCAAAGUACGUAUGAUAAAUACAGCUAGUACGAAAUGGGCAACCUCAUCGGGCACGAGUAGUAGACUUGACAGUUACG